UGUGUUGACAGCGUCUUGACAAAUUCAAAUUCAACCACCAGCUCAAACCAAACCAAACCAAACCCCAGAUCUCCUCUUCUUCUCUACCAAAUUCCCCCAAUUUUGUUUCACAAUCAAUGGGUAUCUCCUUCAGCAACAGAAGAAGAAACAACAACAACAACAAUUACUACCAUCAAAACCCACCUUCUCAACUCAUCUCUUCUUCCCCAUACCCUCCCCCCGAUCCUUCCUACUCAUCUCCGCCCUACAUCUACUCUCCGCCACCACCACCGCCGGCACUCCCACUGCCCGCACCCCCACCCUACCACCCCUACACCACCGAUGGAACUGGACCUGGAACUGGAACCAAUUACUCUAAUAAUAAUAAUAUGAUGAUGGUGAGGCCUAAUUAUGGGGUUUAUAAUCAUCAUCAUCAUCCGCCACCGCCGCCGGGAUACGGGUAUGGUUGGGGCCCACCGAUGAGGCCGCCGCAGAUGGUGCCGGUGCCGCCGCCUCUGCCGCCGCCGGCUUAUGUGGAGCAUAACCAGGCUAAGAAGGUGAAGAAUCAUGUGAACUUGCAUAAGGAUACUUUGAAGGUUGAGGUUGAUAAGGAGAAUCCUGAUUGUCAUUUGGUUUCCUUCGUGUUUGAUGCUUUGUUUGAUGGCAGCAUAACAAUCUAUUACUUUGCAAAAGAAGAGCCCGAUUGCAAGUUUAUUCCAGUAUACCCGGAUGCAUUUGUACCAGUCAAAGUCCCUUUCCAAAAAGGAAUCGGUCAAAGAUUUCAACAGUCAUCAGGAACCGGCAUUGACUUAGGAUUCUUUGACUACGACUCUCUUUCGAAACCAUCAUCAGGAGAAGACGUGUAUCCACUCGUGAUAUGCGCCGAAACCACCGCACCUUUAAUCUCUAUUGAUGAUCAUCCUUAUGACCCGUUACAAAAUACCGUUUCUACCCCUCGUAAACAGAUCACACAAGCGGUUCUGGAGAAAAAUAAUGGGGAUUCUUUUAAAGUUAGAGUUAUGAGACAGAUAUUGUGGAUUGAUGGAGUUCGUUACGAGUUACGUGAGAUUUACGGAAUUCAGCAAUCUGAGGAAAGUUUCGAUGAUACGGACUCUGGAAAAGAGUGUGUUAUUUGCAUGACUGAACCUAAAGAUACAGCUGUACUUCCAUGCAGGCAUAUGUGUCUAUGCAGUGAGUGUGCAAAAGCGUUGAGACUUCAAUCUAACAAGUGCCCGGUCUGUCGUCAACCGAUUGAAGAGCUAAUGGAGAUUAAAGUUAAUUCAAGUGAUGAGUGAUCUUAAAUUCUUUUCUUAUUACUAAAUCAAGAUACAUAAGUAUAUUCUUUUCUUCUUGUGUUGUAAUUAAUAUUUUAUCACGUUUGUUUAUAUGUAUGUAUGUAUGUUCAAAGCUGCUAUCUUUGUCCAUGGGCUAGUUAACCAUGGUUUCUUUUUUGUUGA